UCGUUUGCGAAAUAAUGCUAUAAGGCUCCGGUGCCCAAUUCGCCAGUGCACGUGACGAGCGCGGAGAUGCCGCGCAAAUAAACAGUGGUGUAGUCUACCGAUAUCGCGCACUCGAUCCCCACGACAAUGCACCAAUGGAGUUUUGUGACAAUCAUUCUCGUGGUCCUCUAUUUGAGCCUGAUUUAUGCAAGGGAUCUGAACUCUACGAACUUCACUACGCUUGAUAACCAUGUGUCAUCAGGCAACAGGUCCCAGCGGUUCCUGUUCGACGCCAUCUUCGGGCUGGAGGUGCCCGUGCUGGAGGAACAGAGCGUAGAGGACGAUGACGACGAUGACUCCACCGUGCAGAAAUGCUCUUGCGAGUGCGGCAGGGUAAACCCUCUUCCUAGAAAGAUGGAAUGUGGCGGGGCGAACCAGGAGAAUCGUAUAGUGGGUGGGAUGCCGGCUGGUGUCAACCGGUACCCGUGGAUGGCGAGGAUCGUGUAUGACGGCCAGUUCCACUGCGGAGCAUCAGUACUCACCAAGGAGUAUGUUCUCACCGCAGCCCAUUGCGUCAGGAAACUCAAGCGCACGAAGAUCCGCGUGAUCCUGGGCGACCACGACCAGACGAUCACGUCGGAGAGUGCGGCGAUCAUGCGCGCGGUCACUUCCAUCGUGCGCCAUCGCAGUUUCGACGCAGACUCCUACAACAACGAUAUAGCGCUGCUCAAGCUGCGCAAGCCUAUAUCUUUCUCCAAGAUCAUCAAGCCGGUCUGCUUGCCUCCAGCCAGUCUGGAGCCAGCGGGCAAGCAGGGCGUGGUGGUGGGGUGGGGGCGCACGUCGGCGGGGGGGCAGCUGCCGGCCAUCGUGCAGGAGGUGCGCGUGCCCAUCCUGUCUCUGCAGCAGUGUCGCGGGAUGAAGUAUCGCGCCUCCAGGAUCACCAAUAAUAUGCUGUGCGCGGGUCGUGCGUCGACUGACUCCUGCCAGGGUGACAGCGGUGGGCCGCUGCUGGUUCAAGAUGGGGACAAAUUCCAAAUCGUAGGCAUAGUGUCGUGGGGCGUGGGCUGCGGUAGGCCCGGGUACCCGGGUGUCUAUACCCGGAUAACUCGUUACCUGCCGUGGUUGCGGGCGAACCUGCGAGACUCCUGUCUCUGCGCCAACUGAUUCUAUUCCUUCUGCUUUAUUUAUUCUAUUUAUUUAUUUAUCGCUGUAGUUAUUUCGAAAUUUAGCAUAGUAUGAAAAAUUUUGGUUUAAUUACUUUUAGUGUUUCUGAGGUUUUCUUCACGAUUAAUUUCAUCAAGUGACAGACUUCUGUUAAUGUUAUCUUCUACUGUUAUUAACUUGUUUGCUAGUAAGUUCAUCAGAAUAAAUACGCGGAAUACCAUUUUGAAGUAUGCAGAUUCCAGUUCUUUGGUAUGUUCGUUUAAAUUAGUUUGUAAUAAGUAAUUAUGAUUUGUUAUAUUUGUAAAUGGCAACCUGAAAUCUAAAUAAUGUUAAGUUAUUACGGUUAGUGCCAAGAAGUGUGUCAUACCUACCACAUGUUAAAGUUUACUUAGUGGAGGAAAGCCAAAACGACAAAUACUCGUAGUUUUAUUCUUGUUAUAAAAGUGUUGUUGUAGACAUUUUGUUUUUGAUAAGUUUAUCAUUAGUGUUAUACAGUUUGUUGUAAUGCUCUAUCAUUCUUUAUAAUUAAGAGUUUUAUGAUUAUUCUUAUUUAGUUUCAUUAUUCAUCAUUCUAUUUAAUGUAUUGUAGCACACCAUAUCGUAACCAUCUAUCUUCAUCUUUAUUACCUAUUAUCGUUUUCACCGAUCUCUCCAUUAAACAAAACACCUAUUGCAUGUUUUCAUUUAAAAUUUGAGCAUCUUUAUAUACUUUGACUAUUUUAUUGCAUUUUUCAUUCACGCUUUUAAUAUACUCAUAACUGUUUCAUAUUCAAUGAUUUCAAAUAAUAAUUAUUUAUGGGAUGUCUUCAUUACUUGCACACUUCUUUUGUUUAUUACCUGCGUGAUCAUUGUCUGUAAUAUUCAUUGCAAGCGUUACUUUUAUAUGGGUAUAUUUUCAAUUUCCCACUAAUCAUAAUGAUUACUUCGAUAUUAAGUACAUAUUUCACACAUUUUUUUUCCGAGUCCAUUUCUUUAUUAUUUUGCUCUUCUAUCACAAUUUUAUCUCAUUCAUUUCAUUACUCCUGCAUGAUGUCAUCAAUUUAGGGUAAGAAUUAUUCGUUUUUGUUGAUUUUAUUUUUGUUUUAGAAUAACCUCCUUAUUUGGAGAUUAGUUUUGACCAGGCCGGUGGUGCAGAUUACCAUUAUAGCAAUAAGCAUCGUAGGUACCUAACUAAGUGUUCAUUCCAUUGAUAGUAAAUAAAAUAAAUUAUUGUUUAUAGAAUCUAGUGAUAAUGUUUUUGUUAGGGAUUACGAUAAUACGAAUUUAUGUUUUUUUUUGUCUCGUGCAGUAGUUACUGUAUUGAUUUCGAAUUUUAUUUAAUAAAAUCCGAUUUGUUUAAAAACCAUUUAAUUAUUUAUCUUUAAAUUUUCUUCAUUCAUCAAUAAUUAUACAUUCAAAAAUAAUUAUUUUUAAUUUAACGCCACAUUUUAAAGUAAAUUACGUAAUUAAUGAUUUAUACAUGCAAUAAAAAUAAUUCAUUUUUUAUUCUUAAGUUAUUUAGUAUGUAAGUUGGACAAACGCUCUUUAGGCUGUACCUGUGAUCUUAUCAGGAUAAAAUUGUAAUUUAUUUUAAAAAUAAAUAAUUUUAUUUUUGUUGAUUUUAUAUUAGUGUUAGUUACCUUAGAGUCUAGUUUCUUUGGAAAGUUAGUUUUAUUAAAAUGACAUAAAAAUGUUACGUUUUUGAAUUUGUUACAAAGAUAUCUUAUUACUUAAUAAAUUUGGGUAUGAGUAAUGUUUUGUAUAUUUUAGAGAUUUUUAUUAAUACUUUUUAUU